CACGGGUUUUCUGUUUGUUUUUUUCUUCAAAAUUGUUUUUGUCCUUUGACCACUUCUUCUGCCUAUUUUCUUAUACUUCCUCUCCUUACAUUUUGCCUAUUUACUCUAAUUACUGACCAAAAAAUAAGUACUUUACUAAUUAUGAAGCUCCAAAAUUUUGUGCUCCUUCAAGCUGCUGCUCCUUCAACCCCUUCUUUUCUCUAUUCACCUCCAAAAUCAACAAGAUGGGGUGAUAAAAAUCCAAACUUUAUUUGUAAAGUUGUUCUUUUUAGCCCUGUAAAAUCAAGAAAGUCACUUGGGUCACAAUACUUUGAGAAAAAUGUCUCUAAAGAUCAUAGUAGCAUACAAAGAUGUAGUUAUAGUUCAUGUGCAAAUUUUGGUGAAGAACAAUUUGAUGGAAAAGGGAUUGAAAGGGGGGAAAAUGAAGGGUUUUGUGCAAUUUUUAGGAGUAAAGAUUCAUUUUUUCCAUCAAAAUUUGAGUCUCUUGAGCCAAGAAUGCUUGGUAUUAAGCCAGAACCUCCAUAUUGGCCAGAAAGGGAGGCAAUUUUAUGGGCAAAUAUUGAACAAAAAGCCAAAAGUUUUGGACUUCCUUUAUCACUUCGAAUGAUAAAAAAGAAACAUCAGUGGGAGUCUGGUAGAUUUAAUGACUUAAAGGUAACUAAUUCUUGUACCUCAAAGGCUUUUUCCUCUUUGGUAUUCAUUAUUGUGGAGUUGCAAACUUAUGCAUUGCAUAUGAGGGAAUCAAUGUGUAAUGAAGAUUUAGAGAUGAGUAUUGGUAAAGUGAAAGGAGACAUGUAUGCAUCAUAUGUAUGGCUUUUUCGACAAGUAUUUUCGCGAACACCAAUAUUAAUGAUGUAUGUAAUGAUCCUCUUGGCUAAUUUUAGUGUUCAAUCUGCAUCAAACAAUGUUGCUGUCGCGAAACCAUUAGUGCAAAUGGCUUGUGAUGAACAACAUCUACAAGUUAAUUAUCCUCAUAUUGUUCCUGAAGAAGUGUCAAAUUUGGCUGAUAAAGUAUUGAGGAGUGAUGAAGAGAUAGAAUUGUGGGAUUCAAUAGAAGAUGAAGUUUUGAAUAUGAGGGGUCUAAGUGGUAUUGGUUUUGAUCAUGAAGUCAUGUUAAAGUUUGUAUCACCAUUGUCAGUUGAGAUUGAGCCAGAUAACAAUGUUGACUAUUUCAAGACUGAUCUUGUUUAUCAGAUGGCUCUGUCUCAUGAGCCUUAUAACACACUUUUGCUAUGCAAUUAUGCACAGUUUCUGAAAGUUAUCGCUCGAGAUUAUAAUAGGGCGGAGGAAUGCUUCAAGCGGGCUGUCCAAGUGGAACCACCAGAUGCAGAGGUCUUAUGUCAGUACGCGAACUUCUUGUGGACGGUUAGGAAGGACUUAUGGGGAGCAGAAGAAAGAUACCAACAGGCAUUGGCAGCUGAGCCUAGGAACUCUUAUUAUACAUCUACAUAUGCCAAUUUCUUGUGGAGCACGGGCGGCGAGGAAACUUGUUUCCUUCCAAGUAGUACUUCUUCUAUCCAUAACAAAAAGGGUGAAGAAGUCUAGUCAUAAAAGAAAAAAGAUAGUUCAAGAAAUGCAUCAUUCAAGGAGAAAAUGAUUGAAUAGAGUGAUUUGCCUGGGAGCUGUUCACCACCACCAACAAUUACACCUCAAUACCAAACAAGUUGGGGUCGGCUAUAUGAAUUCUUACUGUUUCAUUUAAGCUCAACUUGGCCGAUAGAUGUAAAUCUACAAAACACAAUUCAGGGAAGCAGUAGAAAGCAAAAGUUCAAGUCAAGAGGGAAAGAUCAUAGUUCUGUAUCAAUUUUGUGGUCUAUAAUAAGUAUAGUGUGUUUUCAAAUAUUUGUAGAGUAGUGUAUUUUCAUCUUUUGACAGACUUGUUACUAGUAUAUUUUUGUAUUUUUGAGUGAGUUUGGUAAAAAAAAAAUAAUCAAUUGGGAAUGUCUUGUCUUUUGAGGCUUAGGCCACCCUCCAUUGUAUAUUAGGUGUCCAUUUUUUCCUUUACACGCCCUUUAAAUAAUCAUAAAUAAGAAACAUA